AUGAUGAUGAUGAUUACCUGCUGCCAUACUGGAGCUGCGUAUAGUAUGGUCGAUUGGACCACUUCCAUGAGAAUUUUACUUCUACCUGUUUGGUCAAUAUUUCAAUUUAUCAAUAUUUUCUUAACAGGUAUGUCGGGUAUAACGUCGGCCAGUAUAGGAUCUGCGACCACCUUGGGAACAGGAAAUCCUGGGGCGGUCGAGUUAAUGGACGCAGCAGGAGGCCGAGCUCUAAAGUUUCAGACAGAUACUCCACAUUUGGUUAACAUCGGAGGAGAUAGAUUAAGUACAUCUGUCACUCUACAUCCCAUACCUCAAGAUUUCUGA